AUGAUCUCAUAUCCGCGCUCAAUCUACGUCGUUCGUCACUGCGAACGCGAGGAUAACAUCAAUAGGCAAUGGCGAAAGAUAAAGGGUUAUGAGCAGUUUGAUCGCGACAACUCUCCUCUUUCUUCUCGUGGCAAACAACAAGCACUGGAGCUGCAGAAACAUUUUGCGAAUAUACACAUUGAUCAUUGCUUUGCCUCUCCAUUCGAUCGCACGAUGGAAACGGCGCACACGAUUUGCUCUUCCAAGGGUCUAGCUGUCAAGCCGGAGCCAGGGCUUUGUGAGGUAUUGUACCUCUGCGUCUCCCCUCCAUCGUUUUGGAAUGCCGACAAAUUGAAGGACAGCUAUUCGACAGCGGACGUAGAUUAUCUACCAGCGUUCACAAAGCAUACUUUGCCGCGCGAAGGAAUGGGGGACGAUGCUUGCUGUGAUCGCGUUUCAAGAAUGCUCGACUACGUCACCACAAAAUACUCAGGAGAUCUGCUACUCGUGUCUCACGGGGCAGCGAUCGGGGCUAUCAAUCAGCGGCUCAACGGCGAAUUCACCUACGUGGGGCAAGCAACGAUUACGAAGUACACGGAAAGCGCCCAAGGAAAAUUCAAGCAAGAUUUCGCCAACAACCCAAACCACCUUACUGACAAAUCAAAUUUGCGCCCGUGG